CGCAACAUGACCACACAACCCGUCUCCUACCUUCAGGAACCUGGCUGCGGUGUUUCGCACCGACUCGGAGCCCAUGUUUAACUACCCGUUUUUGGUUUCCCAAAACGGCUCCGGCCCGGGCCUCAGUCCGCGGUCUAGAGUUUGAUAGUGGGCUGUUUGAGACGGAAGCACGUCGGUGUGUAGCUGCCAGCCAGCCCCUGUGCCCUAACCACCAUCAUGGGAGACAGCAGAGAUUCUCGCAGCCCGGACAGUUCGUCUGUGUCCUCCCCUCCAUCAGGCCAACGCUCGCCCCCUCUGGUCCCCUCAGCCGCAGCUUCCAUGACCUCCCUUCCUCCCAUCACCACCACCGGGGUCAACAGCCCCAUCAGUAGCAUCGGCUCCCCCUUUUCUGUCAUCAGCUCCUCCCUGGGCUCGCCCUGCCUCCCCGGAACACCAUCGGUGGGCUACGGCCCCAUUAGCAGCCCGCAGAUCAACUCAACAGUGUCCAUGUCAGGGCUCCAUGCUGUGAGCAGCUCCGACGAUGUGAAACCUCCACUGGGCUUGAAGCAGCUCUCGUCCCACAGCCCAGGCCCGAUGCUUUCCCAGAAACGCCUUUGUUCCAUCUGUGGAGACAGAUCCUCUGGUAAGCACUACGGUGUCUACAGCUGUGAGGGCUGCAAAGGUUUCUUCAAGCGGACAGUGCGCAAAGACCUGACCUACACCUGUCGGGACAACAAAGACUGUAUGGUGGAUAAGAGACAGAGGAACCGCUGCCAGUACUGCCGCUACCAGAAGUGCCUGGCUAUGGGCAUGAAGAGAGAAGUGGCCAAGAUGAACGACAGAUCUGUCCAAGAGGAACGGCAGAGGAACAAGGACCGAGAGGGCGAGGUGGAGUCGACAAGUGCAGUGAACGAGGAGAUGCCUGUAGAGAAGAUUUUGGAAGCAGAGAUGGCUGUAGAGCAGAAGACAGAGCUUCAUGCAGAUGGAAGUUCAGGUGGCAGCUCUCCCAACGAUCCUGUCACCAACAUCUGUCAGGCAGCAGACAAGCAGCUCUUCACCCUGGUGGAGUGGGCCAAGAGGAUCCCUCACUUCUCCGAGCUGCCCCUGGACGACCAGGUCAUCCUGCUACGUGCCGGCUGGAAUGAACUCCUGAUUGCAUCGUUCUCCCAUCGUUCCAUCUCAGUGAAGGACGGGAUUUUACUGGCCACUGGCCUGCACGUCCACAGGAACAGUGCUCACAGUGCAGGUGUUGGAGCCAUCUUUGACAGGGCGCACAAUGCCGAGGUUGGGGCCAUAUUUGACAGGGUUUUGACAGAGCUUGUAAGCAAGAUGAGAGACAUGCAAAUGGACAAAACAGAGCUGGGCUGCCUUCGAGCCAUCAUCCUCUUCAACCCAGAUGCCAAGGGUUUGUCCAACCCCAGUGAGGUGGAGCUCCUGAGGGAGAGGGUGUAUGCAUCUCUGGAGGCGUACUGCAAACAGAAAUACCCUGAUCAGCAGGGCAGGUUUGCUAAGCUCCUCCUCCGGCUCCCAGCACUGCGCUCCAUUGGUCUAAAGUGCCUGGAGCACCUGUUCUUCUUUAAACUGAUUGGUGAUACGCCCAUUGACACCUUCCUGAUGGAGAUGCUCGAGGCGCCUCACCAGCUCACCUAGAGGAGCCAGGUUCGGUCCUGUCAGGAUCUGAUGCACACCAGGAUUACCGACACGUCACCCCGUGUUGGGUCGUUGGCUCUUCUCUUUGGGCCUCACUUAACUGCAGCACCUGCUGGUUUAAAUGUACCAGUUCUGACACUUGUAUACACACACACACAGACACACACACACACAUGUAUUCCCUGUCACCGGCUAAUUAUCUUCACACAUGCAGGUCUUUACUUGCAUGCAUUAAUUGACAUACAACAUUAGCUAAUACACAGAUAAUAUGGCUCUGAAUGAACAGUAUGCUAAAACACAAGCAUACUCAAGAACACACACACACACACACACACACACAUACACACACGUUUUUACCAUCUCUUCCCAUACUCAGUUUUCCACCGUUGGGGCUAUGAUUCGAGGAAUAUAUGCCCUUUUUGUCACACAUAUACAGUAAAUGUCUUAAUUUAAUAAGUUAGCCUUCGAUUUUCACAUCUUCAUCUCACAGUGGGUUUUUGCUUCUGCGUAACUGGUACACUUCCCCUGUUUUUACCUGGGUUACUUAGUUACACUGCUAGCUGCACCUCUGUAUGUUAUAUCCAUCACUAGACGGUUAGUUAUUCAUGUAUGGUUUUAGCUUAAAAUCAGGUGCAUAGCAUUUCAAUCAACUGUCCACCAUCAAACAAAUUCACUUCUUAUUGGUCAGGAGGUGUCCAGUAAUGGACAGACAGGGACACCCUCCCAGUGAGUUCACCCGAUCUCAUAAACAUUUAAGUAUUUUAUGCUUUUUCUGAAUAUUCAUGCUGAAACUUGUUUGUUUCUAUUUUGAAGUACUGUACUCAUGAAAUGAGAGCUUUUUCCAAGGCAUUGAAAUCCAGGAAAAGGGGGCUGGGAGCACUUUGUUGAGCAGACAAACUUAGCUUCUCCCACCCUGAUGCGCACAGCGGGCUUUGUAAGAAAAGAAGAAUGACUUGAAUUUUUUUUUUUUUUUUUUUUUUUUUUUUAGUUUUGAUUUUAUCCUUUUCUCUACUUUGGCAGUUGGUUGGUAUUUUAAACGGCUUGAGGCUCACAGGAAGUACAGCUUCAUGCAAAACAAAAGAGUAUUUGUUUCUCUUUUAUCUCCUGUUCCCCCUAAUCCUCCCUUUGCUGGUGGUCAUUUAUGCACUUUUGUGACUUGUAACUGUGUAAAUGUUCCUGUUUCCUAGAAAUGACCAUCUUUCCUCAGAUACCUAAGACGACCUUGAAGGUACUACGUGUAGGGUUUUCUAAUUAUUGCAGCACUCUGAAAUCAGAUGUGAUGAUUUGUUAUAGAAGUUCCCAAAUAAUUAGCCACUGCCUGUACAAAAGAACCAGGUUAUGAUAAUUAACAGUUAUGUUAGUCUGUCCUAAUGCCCAGUGAAAGUCUAUUGCUCCUGAUAGAUGGCUCCGUAUUCCAAAAGAAAAAAAACUUCUUUGGCCAUGAAAGAGAAAAAAGAUUUUCUCUGCUCUCUGAACAGUUUUGCCUACGAGUGGCCAGCCUUUAUCUAAGUUGUGUGGCCUAUCGAGUGAAUAAAUAAGCCUGGCAUUUGACCCGUCUACCCAGCAGCUAUUGAAGUGUCCUUGUGCAGCAGUUUGAGAGUCACUGCUUUGCAUUAAAGAUGCCACACUUCUCUCCGUCUGCUCUGUAAAAUUAGCUGUGAAAUAAUCAGAGCAGCAGAGAUGGGAAGUGUAAAGAGCAGUGGAAAUUAUCUGACUGUGGCAAUAAUGCAGCAUUUCAUUUCACCUGGCAGUCGAUCAGUAUCUAAUCUGGCUCAUGAACCGAUCACUGACUGAGGAUCGAUGUUUGAAUUACAAAGGACCUUUUGUAUGUCGUGUAACUGUAAUGCAAUAAUGAAAUUAAUUAGUGCUAUAUAAUGAAAAUCCUACACCUACUACCUGCAGCUUUGGAAACUUUAUUCAGUGUGUAUUGGCUCAAUGCUUGCGACCUUUGUACAGUAGAUGUAAAUAAUGAAAAGAAAAAAAAAAAACAACCACACAGGAGUCAGGCAGAAACAAAGGCCUGUUCACACUCGUGAAGGUGAAACAUGUGGCUCCAGCAAACAAAUUUAAAAGCUCUAUUUUCUGCUGUUGAAUCCACCUCCCGUGUGAUGACAUCUCCAUGAAAUUGUUAUGAGCCCAGGGCCAAACCACACCUCACUGCUGCUUUUGCACCGACUUCUGCCAAUGUUUCCUGUUGCUCUUGGCAACUGAUUGGCUGGAUUUCAUUGACAACGGCACUUGACAUUUACUGUGAUUGAAAUUUGUGGGCAACUGAAUCUGAGCAUUGCAGUGAGAGGUCAAAUGCAGCUACCACAUGAUCAGGAGAUAUAAAGCAGACUAUGAAUUAAACUGUCUACACGUGCUCGAAGGCGAGCAGUACUGGGGUACACGUAAAGAUUUAUAACCAUUUUUGUUAGUAAAGUAUUUAAAAGAGUGUUGACGUUCUGAGGUAUAUUUAGCCUUCUUAUUAGUCACCGCAUUUAAUAGAAAUUAGAAACAUGCAUUUUGCAGUAUCAUUCUACAGGGAAGAGGUACAGCUCUCCUCUACCAGGUGCUAAAUAACUAAUACGGUCUUUUUGUUGAUGACUUGCACAUUUACAUCAAUGCAAACACAGUAUGCAAGUACACAGACAAAUCAGACAGCCAUUGUCCACUCUUCGAACAGGUCUGCGUAUGAUGUAGAUUUCCCUCUUAGAUUUUUCUUUUCUCUUUGUUAUUUUAUGACCCCUAACCUUACUGCAGACUCCAGCUUUGGAAAAUGAACACCAGCUAAGUGCUUGUACAUUUUGGCUGUGGCUGAUAAGUCUUUGUGCCCUACCAGACACAGCCAGAGCCUUUUUGUAUUUUAUAGAGCAGUAAGGCUGGUGGAAGCAGUGAAAGUAGCUGUUGAAUUUUGGGCUCCACCAGCUGCUUUGGUCAGAAUGAGCAAUGAGCUUCCGGCCCUGCAGAUAGUCCAAAUAGUUCUUCUCAGAGAGGAUCCUCGGCCUCCCCCCGUGUGAUGUGGACACGGGGGCGGGCAGUUAGAAAACCUGUAAGACAGGUGGUUUUGUAUAACAUGUCAAUAAGUUGGUCUAACCUUAGAGUUUGGUGUUGUUUCAGUUCUUCUCCAUCCAUGCAAACGUACAGCCAGCUCAACAAAGUAGUCUCCUCAUGUCCAUUCAUUUCCUACAUGCAGAGAGAAGUCAGCCCCUCGUGCUUCGCUGCCGCCUCAUUUUGGUGUUUGGUGGCAAAGAAAAGCAAGGUGGUGGCAAGCUAACACUUUAGGUGACAAGCGCCGACACCUGCCAGCCUCCUUGUGCUGUAUAUGCUGCGAUAUGGAACUAAUGCUAGCGCUCUGAGCUUUGAGACUUCAGUGGAAAAGCGGAAAAGGUUUUGUGGCCGCCGGGCUUUGAGCUCAGCUGGCCAGAGACAGUUUGGGUUAUCGGACUGAAGUUUGUGAGUGCAACCCAAAAUGAGCCUUUCCCCCCCGUCUCUCAGAGAGUAGGCUGACGUUAGGUAAAUACUCUCGUGUUUUGUUAGGGUGACAUCUCAGCAACUUUCUCUGCAGGAUUUUGUUUUUGGAGCUUCCUCUGUUGAAUGUUUAAGCCUGCUGCUACUCCAUCACGUUAAUCGCUGGGGAUGGGAAUGAUUACGCAACCAGUCAAGUGCUGGGGGAUCCGCUAGUUGACAUUAAAUUAAAAUACUGGUCUUAUACCCAGCUGACUGAGCAAGUGCCAUCUUUGCUGAUAAUUCAUUCAAUCAAGUCAAAAUAUGCAACUUGUAUAUUCACAUUGUGAAAACAUGGUUAAACAGUUGUCAUGCAAUAUGUGCAUUGUGUCUCUGGCAUUUGUAAAUUCAGCUUAGUCUGUUACAUAGGUUUAUAUAAAUUGGCAGUGAAAGUAUUUUAGAUUUCUCAUCCCUCCAUAUAACAGUAAUGUAUUUAAGUUUUGCUACGCCAUUUCUAUAUUUCUUUAUAUUUUUGCUAUGAGCUUAGGUCAUUUAAAGACUGAUAAACAGAUACAGUAAAAAAGAAAAAAAGAAACUAUACAGUCGUUGCAGGUUCUCUAUGCUAAGCCACUUUAAGCUUUGCUAACCAGGCAGGCUGUUGUAGUAAGAGCUGGUGUUUGGGUGUUUCGGUUUUCUUUGCAUUUGUUGUAGGGCAUGUGUGGCCACGUGUGUAUGCUUUAAUGCACAUGUGUAUGGAAUCUGUCUGCAGCUACACCUUUCGACUGGCAGAGACUGUAGCUUUGGCUGGGAUGUGCAGAGCGCUGUUAAAUUAAUGAAAGGAUGCACAGAGGAAAAGGGGCCAGGCUGGAGAGGAGAUGAACCGGCCUGUCGACCUGAUGCUUUACGAACACAACCCAGCCUCCUCCUUUGCCCAUUUUCCCGCUACUUUGCUUUAAACUUAACGAAUGCUUAUUAUUCACUCACCCACAUGGGCUGAAAGUUACUGGCUUUGCAUUGGAAUGGACUUGUAGAAUAAAACUAUGAUUCUCGGACUGUUUGACAAGGAUGUGAAGCUUUUAGUGGAGUAAACGUUGGGGAGCUGUAAGGAAGGGAUUCAGUGCCGUGUGUCCCUCUUUGCUUACUUUACUUGACGGCAGAGCAGCGACGGUCUGCGGUCUCCGCGGGAGACCGCCGGAUCACACCGCACCGCCCACAAACGUUUGUCGUUGCAACCGUGUGCACUCGAGGCAGACGCAUGCUGUGACCUUUUGACUGUGUAGCAGUAUUGUUGUCGCCAUCUUUGUUACAUUUUGAAAUGACUCGCUUUUUGAAAAAUAAAGACGUGGAUUAAAUACGCUUUUUUUGAAAUGGAUCGCAGGCUGUGACUGAAGAGUUGAUCACCGCGUAUAGAUUAGAAAUCAGGGCGGCACUUUUGCCUAUUGACACAGGCCCCUAGGAGCCAAGGCCCCCAGGAGCCGAGGCCCAUCCCGUUAUGGUCGAUGAGGCGCAGUGUGUGCUGUGCAGCCUUGAAACCACCACUCUCACUGGUUUGUUUAUCACUGCCAAGCUGUUUGCGGAUGUGGCCGUUUUAAAAUGCAGCGCCGCUCAGUCCCCACUGCUUGUUUGUCAUGUAUGUUGUGAUUAUUGUGCAGUGCACUAAGCAGUGUGCACUAACCUUGGCCUGUGUAGUGCAUACUAAAGAGGGGCCCUAACAGGAAUGGAAUGACAGCUCGUGUGGAGAGGGGAGGACUGGUCCCAGGAGUGAGAAGCAGACCAGUGUGUGGUCCCCUCUGGGUGCUCAAGCUGUGCAUUGGUGCUUUUUAUAGGGUCCCCCAGCCUGAAAAUGUCUGCUUUUGGUUUCCAAGACACAGGGAAAUGCAUAUACGAGUGAAAUGCAAAUGAGGAAUGAUUUGACAGGGCUAGCGUAGACUGGCCCUGGACCUGCUCUUCUUCGGUUGGAGUUGAUUAGGUGUUUCUGCAUCCGGGUCGGCAGCAAUAUGGCGUGUGUUUACUGCGUUAGAGUCGUAUGUGGCUUUAGCUGGAUUCUACCAGCAGUAAAGACAAAACCCUCAGUCUGUUUCAGAUCACGAGGGAGAAAAUGUGGAGGCAGCACCUCUGAGCAGGAUCUGGUUACACUGAAUGAAGUUGAUGGGAGGGAUCAGCUGAAUAUGAUUGCCCUCCUUAAGGCGGAGGUGGUUGUUGGUAUUUUAAGGUUGGAGGAAUCGUGAAGGGUAGGUCAGAGAGAGAAGGAGGGAAGAAAAGAAGGGCAGGGACUUAACGAACUCGGAUCAGGUGUUCAUUUGUCGAUUGAGAAGUAAAACAGAAAAAAACAAAUUUCCAGUAGAUCUAGAAUCUUCCUUAAUUGUUUACUCUUCACUUUUAAAAUUCACACACUGUUUCUUUGUCUCGUUUCCCGUCUCCCUCUUCUCCAACUACGCUAUUCAUUUUUUGUUUAUUACAAAGUAUUAAACAAAUACAAGAACUGUAAAAUCAGAAUGGAAUCUGUCACUCUUAUUUUUAAUUUUUCUCUUUCUCUCGUGUCUGUUCUUCGUCCUGUUUGUAUCCUACUCCAUCGUACAUGUGGAGCUGAUUGACUAUUGUGUGCUUUGGGGAUUGAAAGAGGAAAAAAAAUAUGAAUAAUUUUUUCAGUCAUUAAUUCUGAAUCUUGUUUCUGUUUGUUGUAUCAUGUCUGAGUAAAGGUUUUAAUACUGUA